AGGGAGAUUGGGGGAUUGAGAUGCAUCUAAGCGAGAACGAAGGGAUCGAGGGGAAUCGUUUCGUUGUAACAGGAGGUCUAGGUUUCGUGGGAGCGGCGCUGUGCCUCGAACUCGUGAGGAGGGGCGCAGAGGAGGUGCGAUCUUUCGAUACUCGCUCCUGUUCGCCCUGGUCCGUCGAUCUCCAGAAAAAUGGCGUCCGCUGCAUUCGAGGAGACGUAUCUCAGAAAAUGAAUCUGAAGGAAGCUCUUAAGGGAGCAAAUUGUGUUUUCCACCUUGCCUCAUACGGUAUGUCAGGUAAGGAGAUGCUUCAGGCAAGUCGUAUUGAUGAAGUCAACCUAAAUGGAACCUGCAAUGUAUUGGAUGUAUGCCAUGAAGUUGGGAUCAAGAGGCUUGUCUAUGUGAGUACAUACAAUGUAGUGUUUGGAGGAAAGGAGAUUGUUAAUGGCAAUGAGUCACUGCCCUACUAUCCUAUUGAUGAUCAUGUUGAUCCAUAUGGGCGUAGCAAGUCUAUUGCGGAACAACUGGUGUUGAAGAGUAAUGGCGGUUCAUCCAAGAAAAAGAGUGGUGAUCGUCUUUAUACUUGUGCAAUCCGUCCUGCUGCUAUCUAUGGACCUGGAGAGCAGAGGCACUUUCCGAGGAUACUCUCUCUUGCACAGAUGAGUCUUGCAUUUUUCAAAGUUGGUGAUGCAAAUGUGAAGACGGAUUGGGUUUAUGUGGACAACCUUGUACUAGCCCUUAUAUUGGCGAGCAUGGGCCUUCUAGAUGACAUUCCUGGUAGGAAAGGACACCCCAUUGCUGCUGGACAAGCAUAUUUCAUAUCUGAUGGAUCACCUGUCAACAGUUUCAAUUCAAUCAUCAAUCCCCUGUUUAAAAGCCUGGAUUAUGAUGUGCCAAAAUUUACUAUUAGUGUUAAGCACGCACUCCUAAUGUCACAAAUAUGCUGGUUCGUAUGGAUGUUUCUUUACCCUUGGCUCAAUCAUUCAUGGGUUCCUGGGCCCCUUCUUCUUCCUGCUGAAGUUUACAAGAUUGGAGUGACCCAUUACUUCUCCUACCUGAAAGCAAAGGAAGAACUUGGUUAUGUUCCCAUGAUAAGUCCUCGUGAAGGCUUGGCCAAAACAAUCUCAUACUGGAAGGAUAGGAAGCGAAGAGAAUUAGAUCGCCCUAACAUAUUUAUGUGGAUCUAUGUUAUUUUUGGGAUGACUGGUUUGUUCUACACAGCCUUCCUACCCACUUUCUGGCCGCUAAGAUGGCUGAAUUCUAUUGCUCUGUUCAUCUUCCGCUCGGUUUGGAAUCUUAGAUUUACUUUCUAUUUAGCAGUAUUAGUGCAUUUGGGUGAAGCCAUCUAUGUUUGGUUCCGGGCUAGGAGAGUGGAUCCUGCAAAUGCUACAGGUUGGUUCUGGCAGACUUUUAUUCUCGGUUUCGCAUCGAUGAAACUUUUCAUUAAAAGAGCCAAACAGGCAUAAUCUGAAGCCAUUUCGGCAGUAAUUUCUGAUUUCGGGUUUGGUUUUUUGAGACUGUAAACAUAUUUUUCUCAGAAGUGUUAUUUCAGGGUUUCCAUUUGAGUUAAAACUUUUCUGCAAUCGCUUCUUUCUGGAAGAAUAGCUGAUUGUCCGAAGGCAUGUAGCAGUUUCAAUGUGUAAUUGUUUCCUGAACUUUACUGCUGUUCUUAGAUCUAAAUGAUCUGCGUGAUUAGUCUU